AUGGCUUCUGCUGGAACAAUGUCAAAUAAUGUUGAGAACCUCUCCCCACAAAUAAUAAGAGGGGUUGUUAGAGAAAUGCAAGAUCUAGUCAAUAACCCUCCAGAGGGAAUUAAAGUUCAAAUUAACGAGGAAGAUGUAACAGAUAUACAAGCUUUUAUUGAUGGCCCAGCAGGUACCCCAUAUUGUGGAGGCGUGUUCAAAGUAAAACUAACACUCGGUAAAGGUUUUCCACAGGAACCUCCCAAAGCUCAUUUUUUGACAAAGAUUUUCCAUCCCAAUGUAGCUCCAAAUGGUGAAAUUUGUGUCAAUACUCUUAAAAAGGACUGGAAAUCAGAUCUCGGAAUUAAACAUAUACUAUUGACUGUGAAGUGUCUUCUAAUUGUACCAAAUGCCGAGUCUGCUCUUAAUGAAGAAGCAGGCAAACUCCUUUUAGAACAUUAUGAUGAUUAUUCCCAAAGGGCAAAAAUGAUGACAGAAAUUCAUGCACAGCAACACAAAAGCAAAGGUAUAGCAGGAGACGGCCCCCUAGCGAAGAAACAUGCCGGUGACAAAAAACUAACAGCCGAAAAGAAAAAAAUACUAAAAGACAAAAAGAGAACUUUAAAACGUUUAUGA